GACGACGUUGCAGACGAAUUUCCUCCAAACAAGCGACACAUAAUAGGGAGUAUAGACUAGUAUGGUCUAAAACCCUAUAAAAGAAGAAAGAAGAAGACAGAAUCUUAUCAAAACUUAUCAAAAUUAUCUAGCCUUUAGAUAGAUAUCAGUGUGACCGUCAUGUGAAGCAUGCUUGUAUAGGGAACAUAGAUCACAGAUGCCGCGCUAUGGAUAGGGAUAAGGCCUAACUGAAGAAGAAAGAUGCCUUUGCAGUUCCAUCUGUGCAUUAUGGAUGCAGCAAAGAGGGUUGUUGUGAGGUGCGUCACAGUGUUCCUUUCUCUCUGUAUCUCCGCUGUCGUCAUCAUAAACCUUUUUUACCGAAGAUGGAAGAUCGGAAAAGACUUUUUCCAUGUGAAGACCCACGUAGCACCACAAGUUCUCUUGGAUCCUAAUCUUGGGAUUCAUAAUUACAUAUACCUGAAGAAUCAAGGUAUUAAACUCCAUUAUAUAGAGAAGGGCGACAGAGACAAACCUCUAAUGCUUCUCGUCCAUGGUUUUUACGAGAGCUGGUUUUCAUGGAGACACCAACUCCAAGAAUUUUCAUCAGAUUAUUGGGUUGUUGCAGUUAGUCUGCGAGGAUAUGGCGAUUCAGAGAGGCCUUCAAAAACUUCUGAAUAUUCCUUGAUGAAAAUGGUCGAGGAUCUUCGGGAAUUUACUCUUGCACUUGGGAAGGAGAAUUGUACUUUUAUAGGCCAUGAUGGAGGAGCAGUUGUGGGCUGGACAUUAGUGGGCAAAUACCCAGAGUUGUUUGAAAGGUUCAUUACGUGUAAUGCCUCACAUCCCUUAGUCUAUAGGACACAUCUACGGAAAUCGUUUAAACAAAUGAAUAAGGCUUGGUAUGUAUUUUUCAACCAAAUGCCAUAUCUACCAGAACUUUGCUUGGCUGUUAAUGAUUACGAAGAACUGUCCAGGUUUUACAGUGAAGGUAAUAAGAAUGCUGAGAUAUUUACUGAUGAAGUCAUGGAGGCUUAUAAGUAUUAUUUUUCACAAAAAGGUGCUCUGUCUGUGGUGGUGAACUUUUAUCGCAACAUUGAUUUCAUGUCAACUCUUCACAUUCCAAAGAUAAAGGUUCCGACUCUUAUCAUUUGGGGAACUGAAGAUACUUUUCUGGAGAAAGAACUUGCAAAAUUAUCGGCACUAGAAUGUGAGGAUGUGCAGCUGAAAUACAUCGAUGGUGCCGGCCACUUUGUCCAGCAACAGGAGCCAGUGUAUAUGAACAAGCUUAUUUGGGAGUACCUCAGCAUUACUCAGUAAUGCUGUUAUAUAUGAAAAAGAUCCUUUGCUAAUCUGGAACUGUCUGAUUCAUAGUAAUUUUGAAACUAAGAGUAUGUUGAAUUUUAUAAAAAGAGUUUUGUAAAGAUUUUGAAAUACCUUGAUGGGAUUAAAAUGCUGAAGGGAUAGUA